GAGAAGCAAAAGGACACCGGAAAGUCGAGACUCGAGUUCUCCGCCGAAGACGUCGCCGUCUACAUUAAUCUUACAGCUACCAAGACUUUGUCUCUUCGGUGACCACAUAUAGGUUUUACAAUGAUCUUCAAGUAUUGUUUUAACAUAUUAAAAGAGCAAUCUGAAUAGCAAGUGAGAUUCAACUGAUGCCUGUGUAGCGGAAAGAAUUAUGUUGGUUUCCCUGAACCUGCAUAUUUGUAAUCUUUGAUUACUCCCUGCAAGUUCGAUCUCUAGCAAGCUGCUUCCUGAUUAAGCAAUAAAUCUAUCUUCAAACGACUUGUUUCUACCUUUCUACUGAAUCCCAAAAGGUUAUUAAUAUGGCUUCCGCCUCUUCUCUUUCUGUUGCUGCUCAUGUUCUCCCUCAUGACAAGUAUGAUGUCUUUCUUAGUUUUAGAGGUAUAGACACGCGCCUGAAAUUUACCACCUAUCUUUAUGACGCUUUAAAGCGGAGAAAAAUUGAUACCUACAUAGAUGACCAACUUGAAAGAGGAGAGGAAAUUGAACUUGCGCUAUUGGAAGCAAUUGAGCAAUCAAGGAUUUCGAUAAUUGUUUUCUCAAAAAACUACGCCUCUUCUAGGUGGUGCUUGGAUGAACUUGUCCAUAUACUUAAAUGCAAGCAAAAAUAUGGACGUAUUGUUAUACCUGUAUUUUACGAAAUAGAUCCAUCACAUGUACGGAAACAGGAGGAAAGUUAUGCAGAUGCAUUUGUAAGUCAUGAAAAAGAAAAACGUUUCAAGGACAAAGUGCUCAUUUGGAGGGAUGCUUUGUCAACUGCAGCCAAUCUAUCUGGGUUUGAUUCCCAAAAUGUUAGGACCGAGGCUGAAUUAGUUGAGAAAAUUGUCAAUGAUAUCUUGGGGAAAUUGAUGCGUAUCUCAUCGACUUCUGUGAGGGGCCUUAUUGGGUUUGAGAGUCAGAUUCAACAAAUUGAAUCGUUGUUAUGCAUUGACGCAGAAGAUGUUGAAUUCCGCCUUGUAGGUAUUUGGGGUAUGGGCGGUAUUGGUAAGACCACUCUUGCUGAUGCUGUGUAUCACCGUCACUCUUCUAAAUUCGAUACUUGUACAUUUCUUUCCAAUGUUAGGGAGGAGUCGGAGAAACGAGGAAUACUUGAUUUGCGUAAUGAGCUCUUUCGCAAGUUGUUAAUGGACAAAAGUCUAAGUAUUGACACUCCAUCUAUAGGGUUAUUUGUUUUAAACAGGUUGUCACGUACAAAGGUGCUCGUGGUUCUUGAUGAUGUGAAUGAAUCAGAACAGUUAGAUUAUUUACUUGGACAACAAGUUGUUUUUGGCUGUGGGAGUAGAGUUAUUAUUACUUCCAGAGAUAGGCGCCCAUUGAUAGAAAGAGUGGAUGAUGAUCUUAUAUACAAGGUGAUUAAGUUAAAUGAUGUUGAUGCUCUCAAGCUCUUUCAGUUGAAAGCUUUCAGAGAUGGUGCUUCCAAAAUAGAUAAUUCAGAGUUGUUAGAAGAGGUGGUAAGUUAUGCUGAAGGUAUCCCAUUAGUUCUUAAAAUUUUGGGUUCCUUAUUCCGUAAUUGCAAUAACGAAAAAGAUUGCAAGGAUAAGUUGAAAAUAUUGAAAAGGUUUCCCGACAAAAAAAUCCAGGAUGUGUUAAGAGUGAGUUAUAAUGGGUUACAGGAACAUGAGAGACAGAUAUUUCUUGAUAUUGCAUGUUUCUUCAAAGGGGAAAACAAGUAUGAUGUUGAAAGACUGAUAGAAAUGCAUGGAUUCUGUGCACCACUUCAGGGAAUAUCAGUUCUCAUUGAUAUGUCUCUCAUAUCAAUUUCAGUGAAUGAUUGCUUAGAGAUGCAUGAUUUGUUGCAAGAGAUGGGUAUGUCAAUUGUGCGUGAACAAUGUACUUUUGACCCGGGAAGACGCAGUAGGCUGUGGAGUGUUGAUGAUAGCUAUCAAGUAUUGAAAUAUAAUACUGGAACUGCAAGAGUUGAAGUCAUGUUUGUUAACAUCUCUAGGAUUCAAGGUUUACAGUUGAGUCGCACAACCUUCAAAAAUAUGCAUAACUUGAGGUUGCUAAAGUUUCAUGCUCCAUUCAAACAUUCGCAAGAAGAUGUAGACGAGGCCAACAAAGUGUACCUUCCUCAAGGACUCGAGUCUCUUCCUGAAGGCCUUAGAUAUCUCUACUGGGAUGGAUACCGUUUUAAAUCUUUGCCAUCGGAAUUUCUUCCACGUAACCUUGUUGAGCUUCGUAUGUCUUAUAGCCUAAUUGAGAAACUUUGGAGUAAUGGCAAGAAUCUCGGUAGCUUAAAAGUGAUAGAUCUUAGUUAUUCCAAAGAACUUUGUGAAGUUCCAGAUCUCUCUGAGAGUCCAAAUAUUGAGGAAAUAGAUUUCAGUUGGUGUAUAAGCUUGGCUGAAGUUCCUUCAUAUUUUGAAAAUCUCAAGAAGCUAACAUCUCUGAAUCUGAGUGGGUGUGAGAACCUUGAAACUUUUCCAAAUGAGAUGCCAUGCAAUUUGAGAUUCUUAAAUUUGUCUUAUUGCGAAUAUCUGACAAAAGUUCCAGAUCUCUCUCGUUGUGCAAAUAUUGAGAAUAUAGAUCUCAGUGCUACAAAUUUGGUUGAAAUUCCUUCAUACUUUCAACAUCUUGACAAGCUUACUUCCCUGAAUCUGGCAUUCUGCAUGAUGCUUGAAUAUCUCCCGGAGUUACCAUGCAAUGUGGAAUACUUAAAUUUGGAUUUUUGUGGAAGCUUGAACAAACUUCAUAAUAGCAUCUACAAAUUAAAUUGUCUUGCAAAUCUCAGUCUUGGAUUCUGUUCGACACUAGAAAAAUUGCCUCCCUUCUCAGUCGGUCUGUGCUCUUUGAAAGAAUUUAACAUUGGUGGGUGCGACAGGUUACAAAUCCCUGAUGAUCUCAUUUGCUUAUCCUCGUUGCACAUUCUAAAUCUAGAAGACAGCAUGAUUGAGAGCAUACCUGUAAGCAUCAAUAAUGUUUCUGGCCUUCGUAUUCUGAAGUUAAGCGAAUGCAAGAAGCUUCAAUCUUUACCCGAGCUCCCAGCGCUGCUAGAAACUUUGGAGGCAGAUGGGUGCACGUCAUUGCAGCAGGUGGCGAGUUCAAGGACGUCUGCACAUCAAUUUGAAGAUCCUUGUUACCGUGAAGAACUUCUUAACUUCAUUGACUGCAUAGAUUUGAAUGACAAUUCAAGGAGCAACAUAAUGGAUGAUGCACGUAGUAGCAUUAUGAAAAUGGCAUCAUCAAAAGUUGAUAAAACAAUACAUCCAGAUCGAUUGUCAACGGAGGAUUCAGUUACUGUCAUUUACCCGGGAAAUGCAAUUCCGGAAUGGUUCAGCUAUCGUGCAGAGGGAUGUUCAGUGGAAAUUGAGUUUUCUCCAGAUUGGUUUCACAAUGCAGACUUCUUGGGAUUUGCUCUAUGCGCUGUGGUGGCAUCCGAGUUCGAGUUGACAUGUCAGUGCAAUUACAAAACCCACAAUGGUGAAGGCUAUGGAUACUCAUCCAUAAUCCCAAACACGGUCCUUCGUGGGGCAAGAACAAAUUCAGAUCAUGUGUUGUGGUCCUUUACCGGGGCAAAACAUUCAAGUGCAGGAGCCAGCCUCGUUCCUUUCACCAAAGUCGCUAAAGCGUCUUUUCACUUCUACGCAAGUGGGUUUAUUAAGGGAAUAUUGAAGGCGUGUGGGAUCCGCUUAUUGUAUGCCCAUGAUUCUGGAAGCGGCCCUGGCAAGCCUAACAGAGAUGUAAACACAGGCGGCACAUCGAGCGGUCUUGCUGACCAGACUGUUGAUGAGAACAAUGCGACUGUUUUACCAGAUGUGCCUUUGCAGGAGGUGGAACAACCCAGCAAGAAACUGAAGAGGCAAGCAGGGGCAUCAACUCAGAAGCCAAAGAGAAAGACCCAAGCUCCACCUUACCUCAAAGACUUUGUGCCCAAGUAA